UACACGGUCACUGCCUUAACCACUCAGCUACGCACGAAUUUUGUUAUCGAUAAAAUAGAAAUAUCCUUCACAGUAAAUAUCAACAAAAUUGUAAUCACAGACGAGCGACAAAACAUGCUAAACAGAUUUAAAUCAGCAUUGAUGAAUGCUGUAGGUGCUACUGAACUUGGCCUACAGUAUCCUAACGAUUCAGACAAUGACGCAUUAACAGAUUAUAUCAAUUCAAACUUUAUCGCAAAAGUAGAAAAUAAACCGUAUAGUCGACCUAGUUUCCUAGGAUUAACUACAGAAGAAACUGAAGUAAGUGCUGAUCAUAGAGUCAGACCAAUUAUAGUUCCAAGAGAUUUAAGUCGGUUGCCAUGGUGUGCUGGUUAUGCAGAAUGUAUAAAUGCUGGGAAAAGUACAUGGAACGAGGAUCAAGCCUCUGCAACCAGAGGAGAUCUCAAACUAUCAGAUGUUAAUAUCACAUUGCCUUAUAUUAUGUUUUCCAUGUUUGAUGGACAUGCUGGAUACCAAGUUGCUUUAACGGCAAGAUUACACUUACAUAGGAUAAUUCUUGAAAGGUUAAUGGCAAUACCUGGAAACAUACUACUAAAUGAAGAUGAAGAUGAACUAAUAAAAGGACGAGAUUUAAUUAUCGGUGCUAUUGAGUUAGCAUAUAGACAAAUGGAUCAAAUGGUAGAAGCUCAAGCUCAAGGUGGAGGUGGUGGUUGCACAGCCAUCACUAUUUUAUUUCUCAAUGGAAGAUUGUAUGCUGCAGGUGCUGGAGAUUCAAGAGCUGUACUUGUUCUGGGAGAACAUCAGUGUGCAUUGACAAGAGAUCACACUCCUGAUUCAGAAUCAAAUCGUGUUCGAGCAUUAGGUUUCUUAAGUAACGAAUUAUUGAAAGGACAUUUCACACCACUGGAGUUUCGAAAACGACCUAUGCAAAAGGAAUUGGGUUCCACAGUUCUGUACAGAGAACCUUACAUGACGGGUUGGGCAUACAAAGUAUUAACUGAUUCUGAUUUAAAAUUGCCUCUCAUCUCUGGACAUGGCAAAAGGAGUCGCGUUAUGGGUACUAUAGGAGUGACACGUGGUUUUGGGGAUCAUGGUUUAAAAGCAGCUAAUACAGGAGUUAAUAUAAAACCAUUUUUAUCGUCACAACCUGAAGUGCAGUCCAUACAUUUAGACAGUUGUAAUCUCACAGAACGUGAUUGUAUUAUUGUAGCUACAGAUGGACUUUGGGAUGUUGUAUCUGACAAGACAGCAGCAAAUAUACUUAGAAAGACGCUUGCUCCUGACACACCUUCGUUAGAGUACAGGCUCACAAUGGGUGCUCAAGAAUUAGUACAAGCAGCAAGGGGCAAGUUGAUUGGACGAGUUUGGGUAGGUAAAUCAGAAAAUCCUGAAGAAACGGAUGAGAAAUUCUCACCUAUGGCAUCGGUUGAUGAUAUCAGUGUUCUAGUGGUACCAUUAUAUCCCUAUUUGUGUGAACAUAAGCAAUGGUUGAAAACAACACAUCAAGAAAGAAGAUAUUCUAUGGAUUCAUUACACAUAUCAGUUAAUAAUUUAAUUUAAUUAUAAUUAUGUAUAAUAGAUAAUGAAAACUGUAAGAACUAAAUAUUUUACACUUUAGUAGGAAACUUACAGCUGAGAUCGAGUGUAUAUUCGCAAGUUAACGUGAUAAUGAAUCACAGAAACAUAAUUGCUUUUACAUCGCUUUUAACAAAUAGUAUUUAUAUGUAUAUUAUAAUUUUAAUUCAAUGGAUUUUUUUUGGAGUGAUAGUCUAUUAUAUACUGCUACUUUUUAAAAGUGUGGUUAAAAAAUGCCAUUAUUAUUUAACAGAACAUUCCAAUUUUAAAGUGUUUAAUAUAAUAUAAGUAACUUAAUUUUAAAUGUUAUGCAGCAUCCAAAGUAGACGUAAAGUCUGUUUAAUUUCUUACAAUAUAUACAUAAUUUUGAAUGCAUUACAAAGAACAGUAAGGAAACAGAAGUAGCAAGAAUUUGUACAAAAUUAAUCUUACUACAAAUACAUAUUGCAUCUAGUUCAAUGAUUGAUCCAUUCAAGCCACUAAAAACAAAAACUAUAAAUAAAAUGUGCAUUGCUUUAUUUGCAAGAAUAAAUAAAGAAAUGUACGUUUCAUUAUACCUUUAUACAAUUUAAUUUCUUUCUGGUGUAAUCAGUGUAAUUGAAAAAUGAAAUAAAUGUAAUAUUGCAUUCAUUUAAGGUAUUUUUAA